UCUCUUUCUGCGCUCUGCCAACCUACUUUUUUCUCAUCCUACCUUGAGAUUUAUUUUCAUAUAAAUCCGAAAUCAGGGAUUGGGAUUCAUUAUGGGUACAGGAAAGAAAGAGGCCUCUCGUAGAGAGCGGCAGGGGAAGGUCGGAGAUGGCAUGGGUAAUGUCAGGGUCAAGGGUGAAAAUUUCUACAGAGAUGCGAAGAAGGUGAAGAGGCUGAAUUUGUACAAGGAUGGUAAGCCUCGGCGUGACGCUGAAGGUAACAUCACUGUGGCUGCUUCAUAUCAGUCUCGCGAGGCCCCCGUCGCUAGGAUAGAGCCCAACCGUAAAUGGUUUGGAAAUACUCGAGUGAUCUCCCAAGAGGCACUUUCCUCGUUUCGUGAGGCGGUCGCCGAGCGUGCUGCGGACCCCUAUCAAGUCCUUCUCAAGACCAACAAGCUUCCCAUGAGCCUGAUCAGAGACGGUCAAGGUGUGAAUGGGCUGAAACAGCAUCAAGCGAAAAUGGCUAUUGAGACGUCUCCAUAUGGCGAUACAUUCGGGCCCAAGGCUCAGAGGAAACGUGUCAAAUUGGGCGUUUCAUCGCUGGAAGACUUCGCUGGCGAGACUGCUAAGAUGCAUGAUGCCUAUGUGGAAAAGACUGAUCAUGAGAUCCAUGCCGAUGGCUCGCUAGCUGUUUCUGGAGAUGUUUCAGCCGCGCAAGAUGAUGCCCAUACCACGACGGCUACAGCGAUUGAAUCAGUCUUUUCUAAAGGUCAGAGCAAGCGUAUCUGGAACGAGCUUUAUAAGGUCAUCGAUUCCUCGGAUGUUGUCAUCCACGUGAUUGAUGCUCGUGACCCCGAAGGUACACGAUGCAGGAGUAUCGAAAAGUACAUCCGGGAAGAGGCUCCUCAUAAGCACUUGAUUUUCGUGCUCAACAAGUGUGACCUUGUCCCCACAGGUGUAGCGGCGGCCUGGGUACGACAUCUGUCUAAAGACCAUCCUACUCUGGCUUUCCAUGCCUCGAUCAAUAACUCCUUCGGCAAAGGCUCUUUGAUCCAACUCCUGAGACAGUUCUCAGCUCUCCAUUCGGAACGGAAGCAGAUCUCAGUUGGUUUCAUUGGUUAUCCGAACACGGGUAAAUCCUCGAUCAUCAACACACUACGCAAAAAGAAAGUGUGUACCGUGGCUCCCAUUCCGGGUGAGACUAAGGUCUGGCAGUAUAUUACUCUCAUGAAGAGGAUAUAUCUCAUUGACUGUCCCGGUGUGGUCCCCCCAAACCAACAUGACACACCAGAAGAUAUUCUCCUUCGCGGUGUUUGCCGCGUGGAGAACGUAGAGAACCCCGAACAGUAUAUACCCGCGGUUCUCAAGCGUGUUCAGCCGAAACAUUUGGAACGUACCUACGGUGUGAAGGGCUCAGAUGACCCUCUCGAGUUUUUGGCUGUUCUUGCGCGUAAGGGUGGAAGGCUACUCCGUGGAGGAGAGCCUGACCUUGAUGGAGUCGCCAAAAUGGUUAUCAAUGACUUCCUCAGGGGCAAGAUCCCAUGGUUCACUCCACCACCCCACACCACCGAUGCCGAGGGCGAAAAAAUUGAAGGUCGUGAAGGCCGACUCGGUGAAAUGCGUCGAAAGCGGAAGCUCGACUCCGAGCCAGAAGAAGCACAGAAGAGUGAAGCCAAAUCUAAUUCUGCAUCUGGCGAAGAGUUUGAGGGCUUCGGUGAAAGUGAUGAUGACAAUGACUCGAUCGCAAACCUUGAGGUGAGCGACGAGGAGAGUGGGGAGGAAAAUGAUUGAGCGGUCGUUUCCCCAUAGUAUUCUACGAAACCAAGCAGCCGAGGCAAGAGGCUAUGGGCUGCCGCUGAAAUCAGCAGCCCCCGUCGGAGUCCAUCAGAACCCACGCCGCUCUACAGGCAGGGUGAGACCCCACCAACUGGGCCCGAUAAGCGUGGACCAAGGUCUUCAGAGUCGAGAACACCGAAAGUCGGUGUCAAACCGCCCAGUCGUGGUGUACACGGCAUUUGUUGGGCGUACUAGCUAGGCGACAUUCUCCCCCAAUGGGUGCAUUUAGAGCAUUGGUUGCAUCUUUUGGUCAUGUAAACCAUUACACCUCACUAUAGAUACCCACAUAGCUCUCAAAACAAUCAGUUCUGUUGUGAAAUGGUACGAGAUGUGCAGUAGUAGUACCCAAGUCUUGGUUAAAUAUGGUCGUUAUGCG